CAACAGCAGAAGUGAGAGAGACGACUAUAGCAGCUGCUGAGCCUACGAGUGCGGUCGAGACAGAGACGGACACGGUGGCCGCCGUCGACAAUGAGGCAGCGACGACGCCGACGUCGGCCACAAAUUUAUCGUCAUUUGAGUCCGCGCGUUUGCAGGCUCACACUUCAGUUGCAGCGAAACUCACAAACGAAACGGUUACCACCAGCGACACGGCGACAGUCACAGCGAAUACUGCAGUUGUAACAGUAGAAUCUACAGAGGCAGCAGCAGCCACAACAAUUACAGCAGAGAUCGAGAGAGAUCCUAAUCGUGUGGCAGCGGCGAUAGACAACGGUACUCAAGAGAGCAACGCGAGUGAAAGUGUCGAUAAUAAGAUCAAAGUAAUAAACUAUGCGCAUCAGCAGCAGCAGCAACAAAUCUACGAGCAUCAGCAGCAACAGCAACACCAGCAACAAUUUCUCAGUCAGCAAUUAAUUCAGGAGCAACAGCACCAGGAGCAACUGCAGCAACAGCAGCAGGAACAUUGGUUGGCUUACGAUUUGACGAGCGGAUCAGCAGCAGCGGCCGCAGCAGCAGCAGCAGCCGUGCAAGCAGUCCAAGCAGUGGAUCAGAAGCCCCCAGAUUUGUAUACCUUGGCGGCCUCGCAUCAUCAUUUCUUUAGCCACCUGAGCUAUCCGCCACCGCAUCCGCCCGCCCAGCUGUACGAACACUACCAGAGCAUCACCGGCGCCAGCACGGAUCCAUCCAUAAUGAGGAAUAACUUUGCGCUGUACAGCGUUUAUGGUGGUGGAGGAGGAGGAGGAACGGCAGGAGCAGGAGGAAUGAUCCCACACGAUCAUGUGGUGGCAGCCGCCGCAGCGGCAGCAAAUGCACAGAAUACGCCCAACAUUGACGAGGUCAUCCAGGACACACUGAAGGAUGAGUGCUUCGAUGAUGGGCAUAGCACCAGCUAUCACAUGCUGACCUCCGUCUCAGAUUUGCAUUCCUUGAAAGAUCCCAGUCCCACCAUUUACUCGCUGUCUCACCAGCAACAGCAGCAGCAACAGUUGCAACAACAAUUGUAUCACCACCAACAACAGCAGCAGCAGCAGCAGCAGCAACACCUCCAGCAGCAGCAGCAACACCAACAACAGCACCACCAUCACAACAAUUCCGCCAGUUCGGCAGGCGGGGAUUCCCCUUCGUCCUCCUCGCAUGCAUUUUCCACGCUCCAGAGCUUCACGCAGCUGACGAGCUCCGGCCACAGGGACAGCCUCUCGCCGGAACAGCAAGGGGGAUACUUCAGUCCCAGCCUGCAGACAACCAGUUCCGUGUAUGCUGGGCCCCUGCUUACCCAAGCCGCAAAUGGGAUGCAGUACGGCAUGCAGUCGCCCAGCCAAGCCCAUGCGCAACUCCAGCAGCAACAGCAGCAUCCCCAUCAGCAGCAACAACAUGCCCACCAGCAGCACAAUCCCCACCAGCAACAGCAGCAGCAACAGCUCCAUCAGCAUCACAAUUCCAGCAGCAGCAGUCCGGGACCCGUGGGUCUGGCCACUGGAACGACUGUCAAUGGCAGUGGACUCCUGGACGAUGGCUAUGGCUCGCCAAAGAGCAGCCACAGCGGCGGCGGAGGAGGUGGAAGCGGCGGUGGCACAUUGCCUGCCUUCCAGCGUAUUGCAUCGGCGAGCAGCGGCUAUGGCAGCGGCGUGGCCAAUGGCUCCUCGGUGGUCAGUGGAGCCGAACGGUCCGCUGGCUACGCAUCGCUGGCCAAUUAUCGCACUCAGAGCGAUGCCUGGGCACCCGCCCAUUACGAGCCAAUCAGUUACGCAGCAGCCACCGCAUCCGGUGUCCAGACGCAGCUUGUAGGCGGCCUUGGUGGGGCCGGAGUGGUCACGAAUGUGAUACGAAACGGCAGGGAGAUCUAUGCGGCAAAUGUAGCAACAGCAGCAGCGGUAGAAGGCGCCGCAGGACGAGUGGAUCCAGGAUCCUAUCUAACAGCAUCGGCAUCGCUGUCAGCAAUGGCCGCUGAAUCAGGCGGGGAUUUCUAUAAGAGCUACCCAUUUAAUGUGAACGCCAGCGGCAGUGGCCGUAGUAAGGCCAACACCCCAACAGCCGCAGGCACGGCCAUAGCCACUGCUGUUGCAACUGCAGCGACAGCUUCGACGCCAGCGGUAAAUGCAACAACGACGAUUGAAGAGCAUGUUAGUCGCGCCAAUUCGAGACGCUUGAGUGCCUCGAAGCGCGCUGGUCUGUCGUGCAGCAACUGCCUUACCACCUAUACGUCUUUGUGGCGCCGCAAUCCUGCCGGAGAGCCUGUGUGCAAUGCCUGUGGGCUGUACUUUAAGCUGCAUAGCGUCACACGUCCUUUGGCCAUGAAAAAGGAUACCAUUCAGAAACGCAAGCGUAAACCCAAGGGAGCGAAGAGUGAAAAGUCAAAGAAAAUGAAAAUGGCUCUGAAUGCCCAUCUAGAGGCAGGUGCAGGCAAUGGUGCAGGCUCUGCUGGCUCUGGCUCUGGCUCCCACAAUGUGGGCAUGGGCUUGGAUGUGAAUGAAGAUAUGAAACCAUACAUGCCAUACACCACAACCACAUCGCAGCAGCAGCAAUCGCAGCAGCAGCAGCAACAGCAGCAUCAUCAGCAGCUCAUUGCUGAUCAGCAGCAGCAUUCAUCGGCUGCCAGUUCGCCCCAUAGCAUGGCCUCCUCCUCAUUAUCCCCCUCAGCCACAUCACAUUCGCAUCAUCAACAGCAGCACCAGCAGCAGCAUCAGUUGUGCUCUGGCCUGGACAUGUCGCCCUCGUCGCCAUAUCAAAUGUCACCCAUCAACAUGCAGCAGCAGCAGCAGCAACAUUCAUCCCAACAGCUGCAGCAGCAAUCCUGCAGUAUGCAACAGCAUUCGCCCAGCACUCCCACCUCCAGCACGGCCUCCAUUUACAAUACACCAUCGCCCACCCAACAUCACCAACACAAUAUCCAUAAUAACAACAACAACAGCACAUUGUUCAACAACAACAACAACAACAACAACAAUAGUAGCAAUGAGAAUAACACGAAAAUUAUACAGAAAUAUCUGCAAGCUCAACAAUUGAGCGGGACCAACAACAACAGCAGCAGCAACAGCAACAGCGGGAGCGGGAGCACGGAUCAUCAUCUGUUGGCGCACCUGAUGCCGAACUCCAUUACGGCGGCAGCGCUUGCAGCAGCAGCAGCAGCGACGAUCAAGCCAGAAGUCACAUCGUCAGCCACAGCCACAGCGACAAUCACGGCCACAUCAACACCGACCACGGCAUCGAGCACAUUAUCCUCACUGAGCCUCAGCAACAGCAACAUUAUCAGUCUGCAAAAUCCCUAUCAACAGCUGGGGCUUGGGCAGCAGGCGAUGGCGUUGUCUAAGACAGGAGGACGAAGUGCCUCCCCGCCCUACUAUCUGACGGAGGAGGAGCAGCACAUCAAACUGGAGCAGAUGGAACAUCAGCAUCAUCAGGACCAGCACCACUCCCACAAUCAGCAGCAGCAUCAUCAUCAUCAGGGAGAGCUUAUGCUCAGCCGAUCGGGCUCGCUGGACGAGCACUACGAACUGGCAGCCUUCCAGCGGCAACAGCAAGAGCUCCAUCUGCAGCAGAGUCUGCUGCACGAGCAGCAGGUGGCUGUGGCCAGCUAUGCCAUGCACGCAAAGCAGCUCCAGCUGCAGGAGCUGGAGCGCAAGUACGGGGUGGAUCGGGAGACUGUGGUGAAGAUGGAGUAGACGAUGAAGCUGAAAAUGGUGCACUAUAGCAUGACCAAAGAUCCUGUUGUUAAAUCUCAUAGCUCCAAAGAAUUUAUAGCGUGUAUACCCAAGAGCAGUUCUCCAAGAACCCUUCUCUAUCCUUUAUUCUCUCUCUCUCCCACUAUCACAUUCUAUUUUGUACAUAAGAUUUAAGCAAAUUUAUUGACAUUUCCAUUAGGCGACUCUGAAUCGCGCACUACUCGAAUUUUUCGUUAUUUAAAAAUCUAGUUUAAUUCUUAGCAAAAUGCUAUAUUAUCGAAUGCAGA